AUGCCCACGCCACCUGCCUCGAACAGUAAACUCAACAAGGACGCAUUCAUCGAGGGUGUCGACCAUAUUCUGGCUAAGUGGACCGCGCUAGCCCUCGCAGUAGAGAACGAAUGGGGAGGAGGUGAUACCGAGGACAAGCGCGAAAACAUGGUCGAUGAAAUUGUUGAGUUCUUCAACAACGCGGCGGCAAAGAGACAGAGGCCUGAGCCCACAGAUCUUGAGGCCAUCUUGUUAGACAUUAUGACCGAGGACUUUAAUAUUUCGCUCGAGGACGGUAGUGAGAAGGAGGUUGCUGCCAGGCUCACGGCCAUAUUUAUCGAGUGCAUAAAUGGCAACCAUUCAACUGUCAAUAAGCUUGCCGAGGAGAGAGAGGCUCGCGAGGCGCGGGAUGCUAAUGCCAGCGCUGCGAAGAGAUCGCAGGCUGCUGCCCGGCCCGAUGCGGACGGUUCGGAAUCCAGCUCCGAAGACGACGAUAGCGAUAGCGACGAUGCAAUGGACGAGGAUUAG